CCUGAGGGGCCAGCUUCACACUCCACCCCAUGUCACCGGUGUUUCCAGUAGAGUGUACUAUUCCCACCACUUCUGCCGUUUCAUUAGUGUCCCACUCUAGCAGCAAUCCCGAAGCUCAACCCAACUGAAUCCGCUGCCCAUGACAGCCUGCAACCCUUCGGCAGGCGACGCAGAGUCGGCCAGGGCGGAGUACCCCGGCGAGCUGAAGUACAUCCAGUACCAGCACUCUCUAGAAGCGCAAUAUUUGCCGGCUAUACGUGCUCUCAUCUCGAAGGACCUGAGCGAGCCAUAUAGCAUCUAUGUCUACCGGUACUUUCUCUGCCAAUGGGGUCACCUCUGCUUUAUGGCUCUGCACCCAACCGACUCCUCCCUCAUCGGCGUCGUAGUGUGCAAGCUUGAGAUGCACUCUUCCCACUCGCCGCCCACUCUCCGGGGCUACAUCGCCAUGCUGGCUGUCUCGGCUCCAUACAGAGGCUACGGCGUGGCCACAGCGCUUGUCAAGAUGGCCAUCGAUGCCAUGGCCCAGCGCGGCGCAGAUGAGAUCGUGCUCGAGACGGAAGAGACAAACAUACCCGCGAUGAGACUCUAUGAACGGCUCGGCUUUCUGCGUUCCAAGAAGCUUCAUCGUUACUAUCUCAACGGGAACAGUGCCUAUCGCCUGGUGCUCCUUCUCAAGUCGACUGACGUGGAUGCUGCCACGGAUCUGGCCUUGGAUGAGGACGAUGUGUCCCCGCCGUUGAGUCGAUAAGCUCUUCCCUGAGUGGGAGGACACCAACCCAAUGACAUGAAGUGAGUCAGCUGGGGCAUCCCGAGGCGAGGCCAAACCGGCUGGCUUUUAGCGCACCCAACGCCGGCUUAAUUGUCCUACCGCCGCCAACCCCAUGCCAGUGAAGGACGGAAGUUCGACGCGGACACCAUCGGUGAGAAA